UAACACAAAGGGGUAGUUGUCACGAACGGAUUAACCAAUCGGAAGGAAGAAAUGAGAAAAAAAAAAAAGGCAAAGCGGAAGGUGAAAUGCUUAAUCCUUUACACCUCAACCAAAACAAAGUUGGGGUUACAUAGUAAAAUUGCGCAGUUCCCAUUCUGCCUUCUUUUCAAAAGUGCCUUUUUUUUCGUUUCGUCAAAUAUCCUUUUAAAGCUCCCUACUUUUAAGCAAAGCAUCGUGCUAGCAUCUGUUCAUAGCAACGUAAAGGCAAUAUGUAUGAAAUGCCUAUAGAAAUGUGAUUAUGCCUCCCCACCCCCCAGUUAGAAGGCAUGCAAAAAAGUAGUUACAUAAAAACGUAGGAACUUUGUUACCACGAAAUAGGAAAAACAGACGUUCGUUCGUUUGUAUAGUGUGGCCUUUUUUCCCCCCCUUUUUUUGAAUAAACCCAUUUGGAGAGAUGCAAAAUGCGUGGCAUAAACUCAACAAGGCGAUGCAAAACAUCCAAAAUGUGAUUCUCACAGAGGAUGAUUCAUUAUUUGUGAGUGAAAAAGGCACAAACGCGAAGGGAAGCAGUGCGAGUAAGGAUGAGGAUGACUUGACAAAGGGGGAAUUGCAACAUGGUGGUUCCAAUGCGAAGAAGGUUUUGUCUCAAGCUGUGUACAGUGUGAGCAGUUCCCCAGUUAAAGCAAUCGCUACUACUAGCGGUACCACCCAGAGUGGCAGCCUUGAGGGCCCCCCCAACGCAGUGGACAGGAAAAAUGCCCUGUACGAAGAAAUAGUAAAUAGCAUAACUCUGUUUGACAACCUGAUGAGGAACGAAAAAGUGCAGCUGCUAAUUAACGAAUACCAAAUUGAUUACUACACAGCAGACGAUCGAAAAAAAGAUUUUCUUCUAUUGAAUUUUGUGUACAUAAGCAAAUACAUGCUUCUCAUUUUAACAAAAUUUUUAAACAUAAGCCUUUUGGAGAAAAUGGAGUUCACUCAAAUGAGCAAGGAAGAAUACGAGCAUAGCGUAACGCACCUCUUUCUUAACAUCCUAAAAAUUGGGAACUUUGCCCAACGCAGUGGGAGUAGCGACCCACUCUCUCUACACCGUAAUUAUAAUCCAAAUUGGCAAGGAAGUGCCAAUAGUAGUCUCCCUCAGCAGAAGGAGGAAGAAAAGGAAGGACCUGCGCUUCUGACUUAUAAAGGCGCCGAACAGGGGGUGGACGCCCUUCAUAGUGCAGCAAGUGCAGCAGAUGGGAUGGGCACUUCUGCUCAGGGGAGAGAAGAAACGGUUCUUUCCUCCCAUCAUAACGCACAGAGUAAUUUUGAAAACGCGAAUGAGCAGAGCACCCAUUAUCAUCAAGUGAUCCAUCACGAAGGUUUUGUUUGCAGUCCACAUUUGAACAAACGGGAGGAGGGCAGCACAAACUGUUACCAGUACAAUACCAAGAGUGACCAUUUUAACCCCCGUGUAGAUGGAGAGAACGGGAAAAGUGGAAGCACAGAAGGGGUGGUCGGCAUAGCAGGGGGAAACGAAGCAGUCAUGCACCGCCCAAGUGACGUCAACAACAAUGUGUAUAACUCCCCAGAUAAGUGCAAAAAUUGUGUUUUUCAAAAUGGAGAAACGUCCACAUAUUUUACAAAGAACCAUUUAGCGUAUAGCAAAUCUAUGGAUGUAAGCGAAAGGGAUUUAUUUACUACAGAGCUACACAGAAGGAGCGAAUUUUUUCCCAAAAAAAGUUCCCUCAUCGAAUGCAGAGAGGAAGACUUCUGCAUAAGCGAAGCGAAGAUCGAUUUGAAAAAUAUCAUCAAAUCGAUGAAGGAAGAAAAUAAUGUCAAAAUAGACCUUCUAAAUGAUAAGAUAAAAUAUCUGGAGGCAGAAAUUAUUAAAAGUAAGGAACGCCUCUUCUCAUUUCAAGAGCUGGAAGAAGAUGUGGAAAAAUAUAAAAGAGAAAUAAAUAGCAAAAAUAAAAUUAUAGAAGAGAUGGUUCGCGAAAAGGACCUUCUGCAAAAUGAUAUCAGCGUAAUGCAAACGAAACUGGAACACACCAGCAAGUUUAAUGAGGAUAGGAAGAAGCUUACCAAAUACUGCCAAGAAAAUCACGUAGACAAACAAAUCAUUAUGGAAAUGCUAAAAAAUAGUCGUGACUCUCUAAAAGCCAGCAAUAUUAAAAAUCAAGUGUUCCUCAUUUUGUGUGACAUUCUGGGCAUUAAAAAUAUCAUAGAGGGCGUGGCCAUGCAGGAGAAAACUAUAUCAGACCAGUUCUUGGAGUUCCUCGACGAGGAGACGAAGGACCCCUGA